AUGGUAAAAAAUAAGCAAGAGGUGAAGGCCAAGAAUCAGGAAAUUAAAGGAGGAAAGAACAGGGCCAAGAGGAACAGGCAUCAAAAUAAUAAAAACGAGGUUCAGCAAAAUAUAAGGGAGGAAAAGGACAAAGAGACACAAAACAAGCAAGCCACAGAAAUGGUGGAUGUGGAAGACACUGCUGAAAAGACCACGUCUGUGCUAAAAAAGAGACUGAACAAUAUUAAAAGGAAGAGGAAGAAGAAAAUGCCUAAAAAGAGAAGCAAGAGAGGGACAAAAGAUGACUAUAGUGAGGGGGAGAUUGAAUCCAGAAAUGUUAAGGAUGGGAUGGACCAACAACAACAACAGGAUAAUGAGCAUGUUAAUAUAACCAGUGAGAAUAGACAAGAACAGGAGGAAAUGCAUUAG